CCAUAUUUCCUCCCGGCGUUUGGUCCUCAUUGGGAACACGUUGCAUGAAACUCCAAAUUUAUAUCGUCACAUUACAGAUAUAAUUUUGAACUCUAAGGAAACGAACACCAAAGUAGCGUAUUUGGCUAGCUAUCUGCGGCAGCAGCAGAGGGGGAGAGGACCUGAUCUGCCGAGACCUGAUAGGAGGUAGUCAGAAUGUCGGAGAAGAACACGCGAAUCGCCAUCGUCAACCAUGACAAGUGCAAGCCAAAGAAAUGUCGUCAGGAAUGCAAGAAAAGCUGCCCAGUGGUCCGAAUGGGCAAACUGUGUAUAGAGGUCACCGCUCAGAGCAAAAUUGUCUGGAUUUCCGAAUCUCUCUGUAUUGGCUGUGGAAUCUGCAUUAAGAAAUGUCCAUUCGGGGCCUUGUCCAUCGUCAACUUGCCAAGCAACCUUGAGAAAGAGACCACUCACAGAUACUGUGCCAACUCUUUCAAGUUGCAUAGAUUACCUAUACCUCGACCUGGGGAGGUGUUAGGGCUGGUGGGAACCAACGGCAUCGGCAAGUCCACAGCGCUGAAGAUCCUAGCUGGAAAACAGAAGCCCAAUCUGGGAAAGUUUGAUGCUCCCCCAGACUGGCAGGAGAUCCUCACCUACUUCCGGGGCUCGGAGCUGCAGAACUACUUCACCAAGAUCCUGGAAGAUGACCUGAAGGCCAUCGUCAAGCCCCAAUACGUCGACCAGAUCCCCAAAACGGUCAAGGGGACCGUGGGUUCCAUCCUGAGCAGGAAAGAUGACACCAAGACGGAGACCAUCGUCUGUGAUAUGCUAGAUCUGACUCACCUAAGGGACAGGAACGUGGAGGACCUCUCUGGAGGAGAGCUGCAGCGCUUUGCCUGUGCCGUGGUCUGCAUCCAGAGGGCUGACAUCUUCAUGUUCGACGAGCCGUCCAGUUACCUGGAUGUGAAGCAGCGUUUAAAGGCUGCCAUCACCAUCCGCUCCCUCAUCACCCCAGACAGAUACAUCAUUGUUGUGGAGCACGAUCUGAGUGUGCUGGACUACCUGUCUGACUUCAUCUGCUGCCUGUACGGCGUACCCAGCGCCUACGGUGUGGUCACCAUGCCCUUUGGGGUCAGGGAAGGCAUCAACAUCUUCCUGGACGGCUACGUGCCCACGGAGAACCUGCGCUUCCGUGAGGUGUCGCUGGUCUUCAAGGUGGCAGAGACGGCCAACGAGGAGGAGAUCAAGAAGAUGUGCCGUUACCAAUACCCCCACAUGAAGAAGGCCAUGGGGGACUUUGCCCUGGAGAUCCUGGAGGGAGAGUUCACAGACUCUGAGAUCAUGGUGAUGCUGGGGGAGAACGGGACGGGUAAAACAACUUUCAUCAGAAUGCUGGCGGGGCGCCUGAAGCCAGAUGAAGGAGGUGAAGUGCCUGUCCUCAAUGUCAGCUACAAGCCCCAGAAGAUCAGCCCCAAGUUCAAAGGCAGUGUGCGGGCCCUGCUCCACGACAAGAUCCGGGACGCCUACACGCACCCACAGUUUGUGACAGACGUCAUGAAGCCCAUGCAGAUCGAGAGCAUCAUCGACCAGGACGUCCAGAACCUGUCUGGGGGUGAGCUCCAGAGAGUAGCCCUGGCACUGUGCCUGGGCAAGCCUGCUGACGUCUACCUUAUAGAUGAGCCCUCCGCUUACCUGGACUCAGAGCAGCGUCUCAUGGCUGCCAGGGUCAUCAAACGCUUCAUCCUCCACGCUAAGAAGACGGCCUUCGUGGUGGAGCAUGACUUCAUCAUGGCCACCUACCUGGCCGACCGCGUCAUCGUGUUCGACGGCAUCCCAUCCAGGAGCACCGCCGCCAACACGCCGCAGACCCUGCUCGCUGGGAUGAACAAGUUCCUCUCGCAGCUGGAGAUCACCUUCAGAAGAGACCCCAACAACUUCCGACCAAGAAUCAACAAGAUGAAUUCCAUUAAGGAUGUGGAGCAGAAGAAGAGUGGCAACUACUUCUUCUUGGACGACUAAAUCCCAUUCCCUCCUUCAUAGAAAGAGAAAUCUCCAUCCUCCUCACCCCCAUCUACAGUGGAAGAGAGAAAGACACUGGCCCAGCAGCAAGCCAAGUCCCGCCUUCCAGGGUCCAUUGAAUUACAACAGGGUUUCCUUUUCCAUUUCCCAGGGGAGCCUCCCAUGGCCAAACAAAUGACAAAAUAUUCAUUAAGUGCUAGUAUAAGUCAUAUAGAAUGUGUGGAUGUGAGUCCCCCUGAGAAAUGUCUUUGAAUAUCCUAGCUGAGCUCCAACCUAUGCUAAGGGUUAGGGAGUCUAGUUAUAUAUACAUGCACACGCCUUUGUGACCCAAAGGAAUGUUUUAGCUCAUUUUUAAAGAGAAUAACUCAUUAAAUAAAUUGACCCCAUAUCCUGUGCAUGGCCAUGUUUUUUCCCCAAGUAAAAUAUUUAAAAAAGUAAAGGAAAACAUAAAUUGACUAAGAAAAUGACAUGUAUUUCCUAUCACAACUAUGUACAUUUGAAAUGGAUAUUGACAACCUAUACGUCUUGUAAGCAGCACAGACCAUGGUCUUGAAAGAUUACCAUAACUUGCUCUGGAUCAUAGACCUUACUUGCUCCAGGUACCAUACGUUAUUUAACAUUCACUGCAUAGCUACAGCUAAAUAUAUAAGGUGUACAGUUAUGCUUUAUUGAUAGAAAUGAUGAAUGGGUCUCUGGUCUUUACUGAAAUUGUUUUAUUUUCAAUUUCUGAAAUUCUCACCCGAGUUUAAUGUUUUCUUCACUACUGCUUGUGAUAUCUUAAGUUCGCUGCUAAGGCAUAUUUGAAGCUUGCUGCAAAAGUUUCUCAGAUCAAUGGAUCACACCUUUGAUAAAAAAUGGUUGUGUAUUUAACCAGUGUCAUCUCCCAAACCAACCACUAGAUGGGGCUAAAUAUUAAACAUAUUUGCUGCUCUUUUGUAUUGGUGGGCCUAUACCUGCAAUAUGGACACGUAUCUUGUUUUGUAACUCAAAAUGGCAAGUGUGUGUGACAAGAAAAAAAUAUCACCAUAAAAGAGUAUCUUUGUC